AUGGCCAUGAACAAAGUUGCGGGGGAGAACCUCUACAUUGGAGGAAUGUUCGCCCUUCGUGGACGGGAAGCUCUAAAAGAAGCCGGAAUAACCCAUGUGGUGUCCGUAUUACGAUUACCUCUCGAUAAAGCUCUGUUUGAGAAUUAUGAGCACAAAGUUAUCGAGGUGGACGAUGUUGAGGAUGAAAACCUGCUUGAACAUUUCACUUCCAGCAAUAAGUUCAUUUCUGAAGCCUUAAAGGCUGGGGGUGCGGUCUUAAUCCAUUGUGCCAUGGGGAAAUCCCGUUCAGCAACUAUACUCGCUGCAUAUCUGAUGGCUACACGCCGUAUCGCACCAAAUCUUGCCUUAGGACUCAUAGAGCGUGCCCGCCCAAUCGUGGAACCAAAUCCUGGGUUUAUGAAACAACUUGAACUAUAUCAUGAAAUGAACUAUACCGACGUUGUUGAAGAUCACCCCUUAUAUCAGCGGUGGAUUUACUUACAGGAUGUCGAGAUGAGUAAUGCCGCUGGAAGGGCACCGGAGCGAGUACAUUUCAGAGAUGCAGAGGCCGCGAUAGGGAAAAUCACUCAAGUGAAAGAGGGUGAAACCCCUGCGGAAAAGGGUGAAAUAGAGCUACGGUACGCACACUAG